CAGAGCUAAGCGAGCAGUGGCGAAGGGUGGACGUGUUCUGGUGCGCAGCCGAGUAUCGUUACAGAGGAAGCGGGGGCAGUAGAGACAGCAACGUGCCAACUGACUGACUGACUCCCCCAGGUUCUCUGUUCAUACACGACUCACUUUGGCUGACUCAGCUGAGCCAUCGCUUAGUGACUCUUAUCUCGUGGUGUUUGUGGGGAGAUAAGGUGUGAUGAAGUGAGAAGCAGUUCAGUGUCAAGGGACAGAACCCCAGGAACAGCUCGCCAGGCCUGAGUUGUGGCGGGAUUGGGAAAGAUUUGGGAUAGUGCUUGGGAUUCAGCUUGGUCCCACGACCGAAACCCUCAGCCUCGUACGAAAUCUUCCUCGAAAGAAGGUGGAGUUCGUUAGCCGGCGUGAAGAAGGGACCGUAGCUAGACUUCCUGUAUCCUCUCCAUCGAGGUGCCUACAUAGAUGUCCCUCCGACCUGAACUCUGAAGAACUAUGUGGUGAUUUGACGCGACCAAGAAAGAAUACUGCUCCAGGGCGUCAGUUCAAGAGGCUAAAUUUGGUCACUGCAGCUCUGGGAGGCCAGUUUUUUUUAGACUUCUGACCGUAAACAUUGUUGAGGGAGGAAAAAGUGGCCAGGUGCGCGAAGAUCAUCGAAACAACCCUGGUCAAGAUAACGACUUCCCUCGCCUUGUGUUGUACUUAACGUCCCUGAAUUAAGAGGCAGCAUGGGUCGGUACACGGGCAAGAAAUGUCGUCUGCUGACGAUGUUCACGAUGACAGCCUCCUUCUUCCUGGUGGAGCUGAUCGUGGGCUACAUCACAAACUCGAUGGCGCUUGUGGCAGACAGCUUCCACAUGCUCAGCGAUGUCUUAGCGCUCGUCAUAGCCUUCCUGGGCGUAAAGAUGUCGCCGAAGAAGUGGAGUAAAAACACGUUCGGAUGGGCGCGAGCGGAGGUCCUGGGAGCUCUGGUCAACAGCGUGUUCCUGCUGGCGCUCUGCUUCUCCAUCUUCGUCGAGUCGCUAAAAAGAUUGUAUGAAACUGAAGAGUUACAUAAUCCCCAACUCAUCCUAGUGGUUGGUGUAAUAGGCCUCGUAGUGAAUUUAAUAGGCCUCGGACUCUUCCAUGAGCAUGGCCACGGGCACAGCCAUGGAGGCGGGGGCCACGGCCACAGCCACGGCGGCCAUGGACACAAGAGCAAGUUGUCCACCAUCAACACCCUCGUGGCCACAGACGACAACGAGAACGACGAGAGAUUUACUCCCCCGCCGCCCAAUUCCGUCGGUGCUAACGAUAAGCAUGGAAACGGCACGCCCAGAAGGGAGGCAUCUGCUCAGAUGAACAUGAGGGGCGUCUUCCUCCACGUUCUUUCGGAUGCCCUAGGCUCUGUGAUUGUGAUCAUCAGCGCACUGGUCGUAUGGCUCACAGAAUGGGAAUAUUCCAAAUACAUUGAUCCAGCACUAUCUUUAGGCUUGGUCACCCUCAUCACCUGCAGCACGUGGCCGCUUCUGAAGGACUCGGCCCUCAUCCUUCUCCAGACAGUUCCUACUCACAUUCAGGUUGACGGCAUCCAAAAACAGUUGUUAAAUGUUGAUGGUGUUCUUGCUGUGCAUGAAUUCCACGUUUGGCAGUUGGCAGGGGAGAGGAUAAUUGCCUCAGCUCAUAUCAGAUGUCGCAACUUGAAGGACUAUAUGGUCCUAGCAGAAAAGAUCAAGAAGAUGUUCCAUGAAGAAGGCAUUCAUUCCACUACUAUACAGCCUGAGUUUGUGGAGUAUGAAGAUGAUGGUGCCUCAGCCUCAAUAGACUCUGCCGAAGACUGUAUUCUAGACUGUCCCUCCAAGGACAAGGACGGAUGUGUGGCAAAUACCUGCUGUGGUCUCUCCAAACAGGUAAAGAGUGAUUCCAACAAGGAGCUUAGGCUCACCAAUGCCAAGAAAGAUGGAUCUCCUUCCACUUUUGUGAAGGACCUGCCGCUUCAACAAAACGUUUCCUUCAGCCUGCCUGACAUUUCAAAAGUUCCUUCUGCAUGCUACCCCCAGUGGACUCCCCCUGGUGCUAAUGAUAAUGCUUCUCAUGAUAAUGCUAGUGCUGUUAAUUAUAACUGUAAUGCUUCUGUAGUAGAUUCAAACCUAAACUCUGCUCAGGAUAAUUGUACUCAGAUUUAUACAAUUACAGACAGUAAAGGUAACAUUACAAAAGAACAAAGAGUAAUGUUAGAUAGUGGUGUUGAUUUAAAUGAAACUUAUAGUGACUCAAACUCUUCCGUAAACCAAAGAAACACUCAGAAUAGGGAUAUAAGAAAUGAUGACUCAGAUUCAAGCAGUUAUGCCUCUUCUGUAUCAGUUGCUAUGGAUGGUACAGAUUCUGAUGAAUUACCAGCAUCUGUCAGAUUGUAAGCGAGUCAUUUGCUAUGCUAUAUAUAGGUCUUUCAUUAAUUUGUUAAAAUUGACUUCAUACUCAUUUGUACCAUAGGUUUCGUACACACGUUUCAUCGUUUCAUUAUUAAGUCAGUAUGUGGAUGCCUUUUUUAGUGUUUAGUUUGUUAGUAUCAUCCAUAUUUGGUGUACAUGGCCUUGCCUGAGAAAAUAGAUUUAAUAAUCUUUAAGACAUUUAGUUUACUGAUGAAGGUGGUAGUGCAUAGACAUAAAAUAAAAUACCUCAUCGAUAAUAGGUAAGUUAUAUUAUUACUGAGAAAUGAAUUAUUUGAUUAGCAAUUUAGAUUUUUUUAAAGUCCACUCUUCAAGUUUGUUAUUUCUCAUCUCUUAACAUGGCUUGACUAUUUAAAGAAGAGUUUUUAAACUUUAUUAAAGAAACUGUUGGGAUAUAACUAUUCCUUGAUUCAGUGAGAUAUUUUUCUGUGAUUACUGAAUAAUUUUAGAAAUCUGAGUACAAAUAGACUAGCAUUGCAUUAUGUUUGUGUUGUACAUGUUGAUAUGUGUCCUGAAAACACUGAUGUUGUUUCGUCUAUUACUUUAUGACUAGUCAUUGUUUGUGUUUAUUGUUUUUACGUCUGUCCUGUGUAUGUUUUGUUUUAUUGAUUGCUAGUAUUUUUUGUUCAUGAAACUUAGGUCACAAAUCAUAUCAGAGUAUAUCAGAUUAUCUGGUGUGUAGUUACCAAUAAGAAAUUAUCAGUUUCAUGUAUAGAUUUACAAAUAAUACUUCUUUAAUAUGCCUGUUUUUGUGUUUGUCAGUAAUGUGUAGAUUUGUGCUUUUUUCUCUUUCUGUCUUUCUUUUUUAUUAAAUUAGAUAUUUUAAUGUGUCUGUGAUAAUUUUUAAAAUUUUAUUUAGAUUAAUAUGUCAGUUUUAAUGUUAUUUAAAUGUGAUAUAACAGUGUAUUACUAACAGUUAGUUUUAGUAGCCUGUGUAAAUAUAGAUUUUAUAUUAACUAUGAUGCAUAAACUGUUAUGCAAUUAAUACAUGAGGAUAAAUGAGACUUAUCAAGUUUUUUUUAUGUUAUUGCAUGCUUGAUUUAUUUACUCUUUUCUCUAUCUGUGAUGAUUUUGAUGUACUCAUAUAUCUGUUUCAUAUUUAUUCGUGAUUAUUCCCCUGCCAGACAAUGAUAAAGAAA